UUUUUCGACGGCGAAGCAACACUGCAUUGCGAUCACUCGUCGAACUGCUGGGGGUCAAGAACAUUUACCCUCAAAUCCAUGCUCAAUUUAGUUACAUCCUCAAGUUGUCGGCACGGAGCGAAUAUCAGCUUCGACGAAACAAUAGAAAAGCAGCGCCGAGAGAGGAGGAGAAGGACGCUUCUGUGACGACGACAACCACUGCCGCUACUGCAAGAACUAUGCAGGCAGCGGCUUUACCAACGCCGAUAUCGCAAUACACUUGAUGAUGUAUAAUGACGAACAUCAACAAUCCAUACACACACUCUCUCUUGCGCUCCAUGUUCUAGAUACCCAACCCACAAUUAUUAUUUUAAUGCAGAAAUCUGAUAACAAUCACACACCGCCGCGUUACACCCGCUUAUUUCUUUGCUUCUUUCUUUCGCACAUUUUCUUUCUUUCUUCCCUUUCACUCCUUUUUUCUGUGUGCUUGCAAAAAUCUUUCGUCACCAUGACACGAAUCACCAUGUUACUGCUACUGCUCGUUUCCUUGGCAGCAACAAUGACGCCUGUUGCCAUGGCAUCCCAGACUGUAAGCGAAGCAGCUCGCUUUGCACGUCAAGUCGUAAGCGAUGCCGGUGUCGGUACCUUCCUCACUAAAAUGCAGGAACCCAUGUUCGAAGAGGGAUAUCCUUUCGGCAUCAUGGAAUACUAUAGUGGCGACUGCACCGACCAACCUGGUGACUUGUUGCUUUACAUGUCAGAUCUGCAGAUGAGUGUGCGUAAUAUGCGCCAUGAUCCUGAUCACGUCGCAUUUACUGUACGCUCACUAAAAGUGUACGACAAUCCGAAAAUGGGAAAUGGCUCGUCGCUUGUGGAGCUACCUCGGCUCACGUUGUUCGGUUCUAUCGAGCCGCUGCCGAGGCGCAAACAUCAAAAUGCCAUGACCUGCUAUUAUGACAAGCAUCCAGACACAAAGGGGCUUCCAUGAUUUCAAUUUCUAUGUAUUGCGAGUGAAAGCUGUGUAUACCGUGAACGGCUUUGGCGGUUUGAAUUAUAUCGGAUGGCUCCCUAUAGAAGAGUACCGUCAAGCAACACCAACAGUGCAAGCAGGUCGCCCUGACUUUUAUCGCCAACUUGUUGAAUAAAUGAAAACGAUAUUCGGAGUCACCCGAACACAUCCGCAUAUUGUUGUUGGGAAGCACCAUGAUUGACAAUAAACAGGAGAUAGUUAUGAACGGGAAUGAGCGGGCUUAUAGCCCUAUCAUCGUCAGAAAAU